CAUAAUAUACUUUGCAUAAAUAAUUGUUCUAAAACUUUUUCAAAUGGGUAUACUUUCUCUUAGUGUACUUAGCACAUACUUCUUUUCCUGUUGGAUGAAGUUGCAGUCUAGGCUUUUAUUGCAGGUUUGACUGGGCACUAGAAAUGCUUUGGGAUAGUUCUACAGGAUAAUUGAAUGCUUUGGGAUAUGCUUUUAUUUUACUGAGCUUCCAUAUUUCUUUGAGAUUACCUUUUAUUUCACUUCAACAAGAUUUUGCUAACAAGAGAGAAGGGAUUUUUACUGCUUCAUGAUUCAAAUGACAAUGCUUUGUAUUUCUGUGUUCUAUUUCAGAAGCAGCUGCUGGAACACUAUUCAAAAAGACAAUGUAUCUAACCAGCGCGAGCUCAUUGUUCAUCUUCUCACUAAUGAGCAAAGCAAGUUUCGAAUUCCCAAGGAACCUGAACCGGCACUUACAGAGACAAUGCUGCUCUCAGACAUAGAUCAAAAUGCAGUUAAUUUUGUCCCAAAUUUUGACAACUCACAAAAAGAGCCAUCUCUACUCCCCGCUAGAAUCCCGAAUCUGCUUCUGAAUGGCGCCUCUGGAAUUGCGGUUGGCAUGGCCACAAAUAUCCCUCCACACAAUCUUGGAGAACUUGUUGAUGCAAUGUCUUCCUUAAUUCAUAACCCAGAAGUAACGGUAGUCCAAAGAAUCUUGGAAGCAUACCGGACUGGAAGAGGACAAAUAGUAGUAAGAGGGAAGACUGAUGUUGAACUUCUUGAUUCUAAAACUAAGCGUACUGCAAUUAUUAUAAGGAGAUACCUUACCGGACAAACAAAGCAUCCCUCGUUCCGAAGAUUGCAGAACUUGUGGAAAAUAAGGUGUUCUAAUUUAAAGACACGUAAGAAGUGGACACGACGUGCUGGAAGAUCCAGGGUUUCCAAUGUAGUCACGGCGGCAACAAUUGGGUUUUGCAGGGACGAAGACAGUUGCGGCCUGAUCUUGGACGCCGUUCUUGAGAGAGGUUGACAAAGCUUGAGAACACAGGCAGUAACUUUAGGAAUAUUUAUGUGUUAAUUUUUUCAUUUUUUUAUUUUUAUCUAUAAUUUGCUGAAUGUUGGUUUCAAUUGGGUAAAUAGAUUCCAGUCUGUCAUUGUUUAUGUUCAACUCUUCAUUCAUACAAGGAGUAUGAUGGUUGUUUGUAAUGCUUAAAAAAAGAAAAUGAAAAACUGAAAUUCCUUUGAAGCUUCUUAUUUCACAUGUUCAUGAAGCUAAAUCCCAUCACUAAAAAUGAUAGUUUAAAAGCUUCUUUGUUUAUACGCUUGAUUUUGAUCUAUAGAUUUAAGCACAUUCCAUCAAACACUCUUUUGUUUCAGUGAGUGUUCCAUAUUUUUUCAUAAAAUGUAGCUUGAUUCUAUUUCAUUACUUUUUUUAUAAAUCACACCAGGCUUGAUAUGCAUUUGCACUGUUGAGAGAUCAAAUAUGGAAAAGAGAUUAUGAGUUUUAUGAUCUAUUUAGUCAUGAGAAUAUCUAAAUUCAAGAAUUCUGGUGCUAGAGCUAUCCUAUUUGAUGGUAUUGACCUAUUUUACCAGAGUAAUUUAGACCACAUCUCAAAUUUUGGAAGCUUUCUUUAUACUCAUCCCUUCUCGCUAGGUUUCUCCUCUACCCUCAAAUCUCUAUCCGUCUAUGACAAAGCUGAGAAGUUAAAGUCCUCUGCAAAAUGGUUAAAUUUCUCACAUCUCUUGGAAUUGGACGCUGUUUUUGGUGUGUAAGUGUGCAUGUGGUAGUAGAAGAAAAUUCAUUGCCGCAACUGUCUUUCUUAGCAGCCUGAUUUUCCUCUCUUUUCACGCAGGUGAUAAUCACAACAUGUGUUCUGAUACUAAAACUGCUUGGGACUGAUUGAAGUAUUUAGUGCAAAACCGAUGCCUGAAGAUCAACAAGUCAUAGAGCAUCAACAAGCAUCAGCCAUGAUGAUGAACCCUAAGGUGUGGGAUUCCAGGCUAGCCCAUGAUGAGUAAUAAUGGGUCAAAGGGAUGUCUUUUUUCAUCUUUUCUCAGAUCUAACUUCUCUACUUUGUCCCACAGAUGAGUAGUUAUGGCAAGUUACUGCCGAACACGAACGAAAUGAGUGAAUUCAAGAUGGAGAGUGGAUCGAAUCAUCGUUAUAUAGAUGUGGUGAUGGUGUAGAAUCAAGUGAUGAUUGGAGAGAGGUUGAGAGGGAAAUGAUGAUGAUCGGCGACAUCAAGGCCAAUCAUACAACAGUCAAGAGAACGGUCAAUCACACUUGACAUAGGGAUCAGAAAGGGGAUGAAGAUGAUGGAAAGUAGAUGGGGAACGUGAAGGGCCAUCAAUUCAAAAAUAUUGUUUCUGAGAGGAAGAGAAAGAGGAAAGUUAGCAAAAGGCUCUAUGCUCUUCGUAGAUUGGUCCCAAACGUUUCCAGUGCAUGUCGAACUUCACGUAGCCCUCUUCUUCGCCCGUUACACUCUUCUUCGCCAAAGGCCAAAAACGAGUAGCUCUAUGAGUGGGAAGACUCUAUUAAAUGAUUAACUAGAAGAUGAUGAAAUUUGCCAUGAUGAAAGAUUUGUACUCUGAAACUGUUCGACUAAGUGCAACAAUGAACAGAGGCUGCGGAGGAUAGCAACGGAUGAGUGACUACCUAGAGCUUGACCAGUGUAGAUCCAACAACAGUGUCAACUAACUUCAGUGUCAAGUUGUCAACUAAAGCCAAACCAGCUGCAAAUCCAACAUCAAGACAUAUUUGUUAUGUGAAGCUUCAUGCAAAUUUUUGUUUCUCAUUGUUUAUAGUUUAGCAUAUGAAAUGUUUUUUUUCAACCUCUCAUGAAUAUUGAUGAAGGAGGAUCAUUGGAUUGGAAGAGAAAUCAAAAGCAGAACAACUAAAAUCUAUAAAGGUAAAAAAGAAAAGAAAACAGCUGUCUAUGUAUGUAUUGACUGGAUUUUCAUUGAAAUGUUUUAAUCAAGACCUCUCAAAAUU